CAGCCACACCAGAACAGAAGGGGAUUUCUUUGGUCAGGUUGUUUCGUCCGGGGCACUUUCCAGCUGACAAGAUCCCCCAGCCGUGAUUCUUUUGCAUAAGGAGACCUCGUAUUCCUCCGCGUCAUUUUGAACAAGAGGCGUUCCAUCUCAAUUGCUUGUCCUCACAAACUUUUUGAUCUACUUUGCUAGGGAAGUGAAACAAAACGAUACAUCUGAAGUCACAAUUCGAGAUCGUCAAUCUCGACAACCACCAACGAGGUUGAUACUCGUAAUCGACAACACCAUGAUCCCACUACGCCUUGCGUUCUCGUUGCUCUUCCUCGUCGCCACCACCGUCUUCUCAGCCGUGCUCCCGGCCACGUCUCAAAAUACGUACCAGUCUUCACUCAACAAGCUCAAUCCACUACAGACGGUCGACCGCCUGGAAUGCAAGACCAGCACGCAACGGAUGCGAUGUUACGGCGGCCCCCUCGUCACCAUCCAGACCUGCGCGUCGCAGUGCACCUGUGAGGAAGGCCGGAUCUCGUGUUCCAGCUUCAGCCACUGCGACGACAGCUCCAUGGACACCUUCUGCGGCUCCCUCUGUGGGUGUGGCGUCGUGCCCGCCGUGAACAGCAAGUCCGGUAUCAAGAAGGAGACCGUCGUCAGCGCCUAUCGAUACAAGAAUUCCGUUCAAGACCCCGACGAGGACGACGACGCCGACAAUGACGACGACCUCAAUCCGACCGAGAAUAUCAGAAGGAUAGCUUCUUACCUUGAACGAUGAAAAUUCCCAGGGUCAACAACACAUUCCUCAUUUAAAACCCCGAACGCUCUCUUAUCCUAACCUAUUGAACUAUACUACGAGUGUUGUCUUUUACACGACCGACCUUCAUUUUCAUGACACUUUUUUUUGCUUUCUGUCCAACCUUCUUGUCUUUCCAAAAAAAAGGACAAUACCAAAGUCAGCGCACGUGGAGUUCUUUUGAUGAAAUUUAACCUGUCGCUUUCGGAAGCAAGGCGAAGCAAAGGCGAUGGGAACUUUUGGGAAGGGCAAAAGGAAAGAGAAGGACUCGGCGAUUUUGACCCAAAGGAAUCGACACGUCUUGCCGAACAUAACACUUGGAAAGUGUCAAUCGACACCCCACGAAUUGGCGAUGCGGUUUUUAGGCCUACCUCGCAAGUUCUCCCCUUCAUUACAGUACACGGUACUCUCUGUAAAUACUUCCGCGGAUACAUACGGAAAAUCUAAUCACGUUACCUCACGUCUUAAAA